AAACUACCAAUUUCACCACUUCCUUUGGCUUACCAGUCUCUGGACUUCUCAGGUGGUUAGAGAUAUAUAUAGACAAAGAUGAGCUGGAAUGGAGGAGACUGGCUUUGUGGGGCGUGUCAGCACGCAAACUUCAAAAAAAGAGAGGCAUGCCAGAAAUGUGGAUACCCCAAGUUUGGAGGGGUAGAUGUGUCAACGUACUUAUACAACAGGACUGAGGUUUUGGCUGGUGAUUGGUAUUGUGGUGCAUUGAAUUGUGGGAGCCACAACUACGCGAGCCGCACAAGUUGCUAUCGAUGUGGAAUGAUCAAAGUGGAGUAUACCGAUCAGUACUAUGGAGCUGAAAUGGUUGCUUACGGGGAUGAUGCCGGAGCUUGUCCUCCAGGCUGGAAAACUGGCGAUUGGAAUUGUCCAAGGGUCGGUUGUGGGGUUCAUAACUACGCAAGCAGGGCAGAAUGCUUCAAAUGCAAGACAACAAGAGACUACGGUGGCGUCUAGAUGGACAUGAAAGAGGGGAUGAAGAAUCACUCUUUUUAAUUAUAACUGUAAUAGUCACGUACCUUAAGAGUUACUUUCUAACAUGCAUGAAGCCUUUACGUUGACUUAAAUUCCUUGAAACUCGUGCAAGCAGAAGAUAGAAACAAUUAAAGACUUUUGAUAAUUAUUUUUAUAUCUGUUUGGGUCGAAUCGAUUUUAUCUUGAUUGAGAAUCUCUAGCGCAUAAUCAGACUACAUAAAUGCGUUAAGCCGUCAAGAUUUGUUUCUCUUUAAUCCUUAAGAUUAUUUAAUAUUAUUUGAUAAGUAGUUUUAAUGAAAAAAAAAAUGAUGUAUCGCAACCAGAAAAAAACUUAGUAUAUGAUCAGUUCGAAAUGUGAC